AUGGAAAUCUAUGUUUGUUUAUGUUAUUGUAUAACUAAACACGAACGAAAAUUAUAUUUCGAACCGUCGUCGACGAUAAACAAUUUUACAAGUGCGUGCGCCUACAAUACUUCAAAGCCAUUCGCAAUCGGUAAAGUGAUAUUUGUAAUACAUAAUUUGUGCCAUCACACCACUAGCCGCCCUCUAGAGCCAGCACUGCGCAUCGUUAACACAAUUAGAAAAUAUAUCAUGUUAUCCUUAAGGGGAAGGAGGAGUACUAGUAUCCAAUUGGGUGCUCGUCAUUCGAUAACGUCGGAAUCACAACAACAUUCGAUUCUACAACAGAACGAUCCAAAAAAGAAAAUUCACAAGAAGUCAAAAUGGGUGACAAAUAUGAAAUCAGUUUUUACCCGGAAAAAAACCCAGUUUCAACUCAAUUACCGGAGUACAAAUUAAUAUUGAAAUGUAAUUUAAGAUGUUAAACCGUAUCGUACAAAUAAAUAAAAAAAUAAAGUGUUUAUCUUUACUUAAUUUUCGGGGAACGUAAUUGAGAAACGAAAUGUGUAUUUUUAAUUUCUAUCCAUCAAUGUUGACGAUGCCGGUAGGCAGUAAUACUUAGAAAAUCGUUAAUUGAAUAAUAAAUAAU